AUGGCGGUGAGAAGUGGAAUCUCCGGGCGGUGCAAUCUUGUUUUGCUUCUUGUUUUAGGGCUUUUCUCUUCAGAGUUAUUACCGGAAAUAAUGGCGGCGCCUGGCUCCAAGGUGGACUACCUUCCUGGUCUUCAACAUCAAGGCCCCCUCCCUUUUGAGCUUCAAACCGGAUACAUAGGAGUGGGUGAAGGAGAUGAAGUACAAGUCUUCUACUAUUUCAUAAAUUCAGAAUCAGAUCCUACCUCUGAUCCUAUACUCAUGUGGAUCUCCGGUGGCCCAGGCUGCUCCACUUUGUUUGCAUUUUUGAAUGAAUUUGGUCCAGUGAAUAUGGAUUUGGUGGCAUAUAAUGGGAGCUUGCCGACAUUGUCAUUAAACCCUUACUCAUGGUCUAAGGUUGCAAAUUUAUUGUUAGUAGAUUUACCAGUAAGAACUGGAUUUUCUUAUUCAACUACAGAGAGGUGUAACCACUCUGAUAGUUUCCAACAAAGUGAGCAUGCAGAACAAUUCAUGCGCAAGUGGCUCGUUGACCAUCCGAAAUACUCAACUAAUCCUUUCUAUGUUGGUGGCGACUCAUUUUCUGGAUUAGUUGUCCCCAUUAUUGCUCAAGUAAUAUCUGAUGGGAAUGAGGCAGGAACUAAACCAUGGAUUAACCUUAAGGGUUACAUUCUUGGCAAUCCGUUGACACAAACAGCAGAAAAUGCUAACUACGCGAACGCAUUUAUGUAUCGAAUGGGACUCAUUCCUGAAGAUUUAUUUGAGACAGCCAAGAAAGAUUGUUACCAGACUGAAAAUGUCUACAAUGUGGCUUGUUUGCGGGAUACACUUAAAAUUGCGGAGGAUGAUUGGUUCGAAACAUCUGAAUAUUGGGCUAAUGAUGAUAGUGUUCAAGAGGCUCUUCACGUUCGAAAGGGAAGUAUUGGACAAUGGAAGGCAUGCAAUACUGAAGAUUUGCGUUAUAUAACAUCUGUGUUUGAUGUUCUUCCCUAUCAUGUAAACCUUAGUGCUAAAGGUUAUAGGUCGCUUAUUUAUAGUGGUGAUCAUGAUUCGCUAGUACCACACAUUGGAACUAAAGCCUGGAUAGAAUCGUUGAAUUAUUCUAUUGUUGACGAAUGGAGAGCGUGGAUUGUUGAUGGUAUAGCGGCCGGUUAUACAAGAAGUUACUCCAACAACAUGACAUUUGCUACAGUAAAGGGAUCAGGUCAUGUUGCUCCAUUUUUUACUCCUUCGGAAUGUUUUGCUAUGUUUAGGCGAUGGAUAUCCGGUGAAAAACUUUAACGCUGAAUCGAAACUUAUAGAUUUUUAUUAAUUUUCUACUCAAAAUUAAUAAGUUU